CCUUUCCUUCCCAUAGUUCUUUGCACGUCGGCGGCCUCUUCCGGUCUCUUUUUUCCCGGCGGUGCCAACGCCACCAUGGGAAUUGAUAUUCGCCACAACAAGGACCGUAAGGUUCGUCGUAAGGAGCCCAAGAGUCAGGAUAUUUAUCUUCGUGUCUUAGUCAAGCUCUACAGAUUCCUGGCUCGCCGGACCAAUGCCAAAUUCAACAAGGUGAUACUCAAACGGCUGUUCAUGAGCCGCACCAACCGGCCACCAUUGUCCGUGUCUCGCUUGGCAAGUGCAGAGUAUUCAAUUCUCUUAUCGCUUUUCUCUUUCUUCUUGGUCCUUCAGAUACCCCUCAGUUUUAGUUUUUUCUCUGUUUGCUUUGCUGUUGCCAUUGUUCUUUUCCUGUUAAAAGAACAGGUGGUGCCACCACUGCUCUGCGCGGCUGCGCACGUCUCUCUGAACUUGCCUUCUGCAGGACCCAGAAAGGCCCAUCAAGUUUAUCGGCAUUUUGGGAAGGCUCCUGGCACCCCCCACAGCCACACUAAGCCAUAUGUUCGCUCCAAGGGGAGGAAAUUUGAACGAGCUCGUGGUCGCCGUGCCAGUCGAGGCUACAAAAACUAGAAUGUUUCAUAAAAAAUAUAAAAGUCAAUAUAAGUCAAUUAAAUUUUUUUGCUGAAAUUAA